AAAUCUUCAGAUUGCCACAGUUACUGAGGAAGUGGGUUAGUGAGCCUCUCUUGGAUGCUUUCGCGGAUAAAAUUUCGCUUGAGCGGAUUCAGUGGAUUUUAAAGCAGUCUGUCACAGCGGUUCAGCGGGCUGAAGAACUGCCGUUAUCAAGCUAACCCGCCGUGUUUGCAUCUUUUUUGUACUUGCUCCGCGGUGAACUUUAGAUAAUAAAGACACAAUAAAAAAAGAAUUUAAAAAAUGUCUGGAGAGCCACUUCUCGUCACGGUGGAGACUGCCGCUGGGGCCCCGAGUUCAUUCCCGCUGGUUUUGAAGAAAAUAAUGGAAAUGCCUCCGCCGAAUAUACUGGACGGAGACGACGACACCGACAAGGAAAAGCUGUGUCUUGGAGACACCGGUGACCUGGGCGGAGGAGGGAGCGACAUGGGUCCUUCAGCCGCUCUGACCCCAGCUAUCUGGGAGAAAACCAUCCCCUAUGAUGGUGAGAGCUUCCACCUGGAGUACAUGGACCUGGAGGAGUUCCUCAUGGAGAAUGGCAUCCCCACAUCACUAGACGAGAACUCCUUAAAGGGCACCCCAGAAGGAAGCGCCAUGAAGACGGAGAACCAAAAGGCUACGUCCUCUGCACAGACAAAGAUCACCAAGCCAGUGUCUCCAAUGACUCUGCUGCCCAUUCAGGAGCUGGACAAGAGCCACGAGGAAGUGGUGAUCAUCACAAAGAGUGAUUCUGACAUCACCUCUGAUGUUGUUACAGAGGUGACCACUGACAAGGACAGGGUGACUCCUGAGCCCAUCAGCCCUGAGGAAAUUGAGGUUGAGGUCAACUACGAGCCAGAUCCUACAGAUUUGGUCCUGUCGAGCGUGCCCGGGGGCGAACUGUUUGACCCGCGCAAACACAAGUUCUCUGAAGAUGAUCUCAAGCCACAGCCUAUGAUUAAGAAGGCUAAGAAGGUGUUUGUACCCGACGAACAGAAGGAUGACAAAUACUGGCAGAGGAGGAAGAAGAACAACUUGGCAGCUAAACGUUCCCGCGAUGCCCGCAGGCUGAAGGAGAACCAGAUCACUGUCCGAGCUGCGUUCCUGGAGCGUGAGAACACGGCGCUGCGGACGGAGGUGGCCGAGCUGCGGAAGGAAUGCGGCCGCUACAAGAACGUUUUGGGCCGAUAUGAAAACAAAUACGGACCACUAGCGGUGCCAGAUGACGAAUAGACAACAGUUGAUUUAUUCAUUUAUUUUUUCUAAUGAAUAAAUAAAUCAGACCUUUGGUUGGUACGUGGAAGAAGAGGAUAAAGAACAGAAGAGCAUGUGUGAGGGCCGAUGCUGCCAGCGAGAUGUCAUAGCAUGUUAAGAUAUCAAUAUGUUCUUUUUUUAAUUAUUAUUAUUAUUAUUAUAUUUAGCAUCUGUGCAAGUGAGAGGGGUGUGUGAGGAUAUACAAGUGCUUCUUUGGUGCACCUCGCUUCUGAGGUGUCAUUUUUUUAUCAUGUUUUGUACGCCUGAUGCCGAGAUGAGAUUGUUUGUGAUGUUCGGGGUUUGAUUUUACAUACAGUAGGGUUUUUUUUUUGUUUUUUUUUUAAGGUAGCACAUGUAAUGGUUUAGGCUACAUGGCUUCCUUAUUGGGGGUUGCAGGUUGCUUCCAGCAGUUUUCAUAGCAGUUUUAUAUCAUAAUAUAAGAGAUCGUGCAAAGAGUUGGGCUUUUCUUUACCCAUGAAGACUUCGUUUUUUUGACUGUGACAUUUCCAAUAACCUAAAAGCUUCUUCAGGGGAUUCCUGUGACUUGGCAGGAAACAACAAACAAACAAAAAAAGCACCCAUGUUCACUUUUCUUCAUGUAUAAGCUUUCUACUAGCGGCGGCUCAGAGCUGUACAUAAACGCUUGGUCGUCCCCGUUUCUGUGCGUGUCGCUCUCGUGCUGUGUCCCUCACAGAGUCGUUGCCUCUCUGCGGGUCGUCGAUGUGGACUUGUCCAUUUUCUGUCAGCAACACUUCAGAAGUGUCUGUGUAGAAUCUACUGAUGCAUGCACUGUAAAUAGCUCAGGCUAAUGUAAUACAUUAAAAAAUGUAUUUAGCAUCAUAAACCAUACAUACAGUGCUGUUUGAGUUUUUGAAGAAUCUUUAUUUACCAUUUACACCUGCUUCCGUAUUACAGGUUUUCUGUCCAACAAGUUUUGUGUCGAAACACACCGAGUGUCUCUUCAGUCUCCGUAACACAGACUGUUGUGGGACGCCUCUUUAAACCCUUUGAGUGUUUUCUACGUCUGAAGCCAUUUCAAUGCAGCGAGCAGUCUGCCAGUUUACAGUUAACUUUGCAUCCAAACUACAGCUGUGACUUACCCGCCGGUUACUUUGCUGUCCACUUUUGACAAAAAAGGGAAAGCUGUUUAUUUUUCUUUCGCUGCAGGGCUUCCGUAUCUAUAACUGUUCUCACUUUGUGACCUAAAUAAAAGUGAACAUUGUGUUCUUUACAAUUUUUUUUCCGUUUUUUUAAAAAACAGCUUCUUCUUAAUGAAUGGGCGUGUGCAUUUUUGUGAAGUAAAACUACAAGUAGGAUUUUUGUGUAAAUAUUCCAGACCUCUUUAACAGAAAAUUGUUUCACUCCAAGCUUCAGUAAUUCUAAUCAGAUUAUCCUUAAAAGGUCUCUAAAUGUGUCUUUUUUUUCUUAAAUCACAUUUUUUAGACUGAUUCUGGUGUAACUGGUAAUGAGCUUUUUUUUUUUUUUUUUGGACUCAUUGGAGUUUUUUUGUUGCAAUGGUUGUUGCAGCUGCCUUCUCAGGAACAGGUCAUUUAGCUAAGUUUGUUGUGUUUUUUAACCUUUCUGGUUACAUCUUUGUGUUUCUUUGUAAAGAAACAUCUUUGAGUGUGGCAAUCUUUUGCCUUGUAUAUACAUUAUGUAAGAUUAAAGCCUUGUUGACCGAA